UUGGAUGCGCUGUGUAUGCUGUGGUAGUGACGUCUGCUACAUUCACACGGAAGACCGUCCUUUCUACUAAUUUAAACGCAAUUUGUCCGAGAUAGGCAGGACUCUCAACACCAAGGCUCUGAUUUCCACAUUAUAAAUACAAAAGUAAAUGAUUUCUGGACGAAGUGCCUCCCCCUGCAGGGUUGUUUGAGAGCUGGCACCAUGGGCACCGGGCUGGCAGCAGAUGUGCUGAAAUAAGCCAGGCCCUUCUUACCCUGUGAACUCCCCCUCGGCACCCGGGACCCCACCCACCAGGGAACGCCAGGCAUGGCAGGCUUCAAGCGCGGGUACGAUGGGAAGAUCGCCGGCCUCUAUGACCUGGACAAGACACUGGGGCGCGGCCACUUCGCCGUGGUGAAGCUGGCCCGUCACGUCUUCACGGGGGAGAAGGUGGCGGUGAAGGUCAUCGAUAAAACCAAGCUGGACACGACGGCCACGGGCCACCUCUUCCAGGAGGUGCGAUGCAUGAAGCUGGUGCAGCACCCCAACAUCGUGCGACUGUACGAGGUCAUCGACACGCAGACCAAGCUCUACCUCAUCCUGGAGCUGGCGGACGGCGGCGACUUGUUCGACUACAUCAUGAAGCACGAGGAGGGCCUGAGCGAAGAGAUGGCCAAGAAGUACUUCGCCCAGAUCGUCCACGCCAUCUCCUACUGCCACCGGCUCCACGUGGUCCACCGCGACCUCAAGCCCGAGAACGUGGUCUUCUUCGAGAAGCAGGGCCUGGUCAAGCUCACCGACUUCGGCUUCAGCAACAAGUUCCAGCCGGGCAAGAAGCUGACCACCAGCUGUGGCUCCCUGGCCUAUUCCGCCCCAGAGAUCCUGCUAGGGGACGAGUAUGAUGCGCCAGCCGUGGAUAUCUGGAGCCUGGGUGUGAUCCUCUUCAUGCUGGUGUGUGGACAGCCGCCCUUUCAGGAGGCCAACGACAGCGAGACCCUGACCAUGAUCAUGGACUGCAAGUACACCGCGCCCCCCCACGUCUCCGGCGCCUGCAGAGACCUGAUCGACCGCAUGCUGCAGCGGGACCCCAAGCGCCGGGCCUCGCUGGAGGAGAUCGAGACCCACGCCUGGCUGCGGGGCGUCGACCCCUCCCCCGCCACCAAGUACAGCACCCCGCUGGUUUCCCACAGGAACCUGUCAGAGGAGGAGCACAACAGCAUCAUCCAGCGCAUGGUCCUGGGAGACAUUGCCGACCGUGAGACCAUCAUCGAGGCUCUGGAGACGAACAAGUACAACCACAUCACUGCCACGUACUUCCUGCUGGCUGAGAGAAUCCUGAGAGACAAGCAGGAGAAGGAGAUCCAGACCCGGUCCUCCAGCCCAAGCAACAUCAAAGCCCAGUUCAGGCAGUCGUGGCCGACGAAGAUCGACAUCCACCAAGAAAUCGAGGACAGCCUGGCCGCCUCGUCCAUCUCCCACGGCGGGGGUCCGCAGUCCCCGGCCCGCAGCGCAGAGAACCUGCUCAACGGGCACCGCGGGAAGGGCCUGCUGGACCUGGGGCGGCGCGAGGACCCCGGCGAGCCCGCCCCCCCGGGCCAGGCCCCCGCCCCCCCGGCCGCGGACUCCGCCCCCGGCCAGCAGCGCACGCGCCUGUUCAGGGUGGAGGAGGACGAGGAGGAGGAGGACGAGCCGGCGCCCCUGCCCACGCAGGUGAUCCUGCGGCGCAAGCCCUCGGUCACCAACCGGCUGUCCUCGCGCAAGAGCGCCCCCGUGCUCAACCAGAUCUUCGAGGAGGAGGGCGAGUCGGACGACGACUUCGACGCGGCCGAGAGCCUGCCGCCCAAGCUGAGCCGGCUGAAGAACAUGGCGUCCCCGGCCACGCCGCACAAGCGCUUCCACCGGCGCACCAGCCAGACCCGCGGCUCCAGCUGCUCCAGCUCCGAGACCAGCGACGACGACUCGGAGAGCCACCGCCGCCGCCUGGACAAGGACAGCGGCUUCACCUACAGCUGGAACCGGCGGGACAGCAGUGAGGGGGGCGGCGGCGGGGGCAGCAGCGGGGGCGGCCAGAGCAAACCCCCCGGGGACGGGGGGGUGGGGCCGGACAGGGGCAGCCCACCCGGGGGCGGGGGCGGUGGUGGGGGAGGCGGGGGAGGUGGAGGAGGAGGAGGAGGAGCAGGAGGAGCAGGAGGAGGGUCGGGUAACAGAGGACAGGGCAGCCCCUCCUGCUGCUCCACCCGCAGCUCCAUGAGGACGGUGGGCGGGGUGGUGGAGAGCCUGAAGCUCAUGAGCCUCUGCCUCAGCUCCCAGCUUCAGCUCCUGAGCGGGGCGGGCGGGGCACGGGCGGGACGCUUCAUCCUGGACCCCCAGGGGUUCUCCAGCUUGGGGAUGCCGGAGGUGUCCUCCUGGAGGAUGUGCGUGGGCUCCUGCGGGAGCCUGGACAUGCCCCUGCCGGGCCCUCACAUGGGGGCCACCCUGAAGGCUCUGGACCUGGCUCAGGAGAGCUCCGCCUUCAGCCUGAAACACGGCCUGCUGAAGGUCCCGCUGUGCGACAGAACCAUCUCCGUCAACAUCCAGCGCAGCCCCCAGGCCCGCCUGCUCUGCGCCCCGGCCCCGCCCACCUGCUGCCAGGUCAUCUGAGGCCCCGCCCCCCUCCCACCUGCUGUCAGGUCAUCUGAGGCCCCGCCCGCCACCCACCUGCUGCCAGGUCAACUGAGGCCCCGCCCCCACCCACCUGCUGCCAGGUCAUCUGAGGCCCCGCCCCCCACCCACCUGCUGCCAGGUCAUCUGAGGCCCUGCCCCCCACCCACCUGCUGCCAGGUCAUCUGAGGCCCCGCCCCCUCACCUCCACCCAUGUGUAGCAAACCGUUAGCAAUGGCACUCUUCCAGGUGCUGUGAAUGACCUCACACAUCGCCUCCCCGUCUUAGUCAACCUCAAGUCUCUGUUAUUUACAGUGGAUAUUCUUCUGGGCAGGAUCCCCUGUGAAUGAAAAGUGGGAAGCUGCUGUCUUUUCUGGUUUAUUUUUUACUGUGACAUCUUUCCUAUUCUCUCUCGCUUUGUUUUUUUUUUUAUGUUAGCCCCCCCCCCGCCCAAAAAAAAAAAAACAUCAUAGAGCGUAGCACUCCAGUUUUAAUCCAGAGGAAUCUGUGCUUUUAAAAAUACUUAAACUUAAACGUGGACAAAAGACCAAACUUCAGAUUGAAAGACAGCAGGAUAGGAGAUGGAGCAGUAGGUUCUGGGCAAGCACUUACUAAAGGUUUAUCACAAGACUAAAUCAAUCAAGCUCUGAUAAUGCUGCCCAUUUAGUGUGUCGUAUGUGUCAGGCAGGCUAGACAAUUGCAGAGAAAGGCCUUGAAAAGUGCCCCCACUGUUAAGUCUUAAACAAAAUGACCAGAAACAAAUUAUUCUUUUAUAAAUGUAUUUUAGCUAAAUGUUAUUUUUGAACAACUGAAUUAUAUCCUGAAGGACAGAAUGCCAUCUAAUAAGUGCUUUUACUUUAUACUGCACAUAGACAAUCUUUGGUUUUCAAUUUUAUCCAAAUUUAAAUUACAUUUUAACUGGUUAUCACACUUUCACAGAACUUGAAGAUUGAAAGAGUUCAUAGUAUACCCACCUGAAAGUUUUUUUUUUUUCUCUCUCCCCUCAACCAAAGCUUUAGACUCAACCAAUGAAUACAAGAUAAGCAAUGAAAAUUCUAUCUUUGAUUCCAGAUGUCCAGGCAUAAAUAUUCUUUAUUCUUGAUUCAUGGCAGGUCCCUCCAGCAAAAUUUCCUUCAUCCAGAAAUUCAAAUGAAAUUGCAGUUGGAUUCAUUUAAUUGAUCCGCAUUCUGCUUAAGUCCCUAAGAGUACCCGCAAAAUGAAAUAAGCUAUUCAUGCUGUAAAUACUGAAAACUUUGAUUUCUAAGAUUUAUUUUGACUCUUGAUUCCCGGCUCAGCCAUUUGCACCUUUGAUUUUAUGUAUUUUAUAUUUUAAGCCUUGGAGAUGAGAUAUUUUAAGGAGUGUUUGUAGUCUGUAUAUUUUUUUUUUUUACCAUUUGGGUUUUGCAGGAUGGGUGUUCAGCCUAGAGUUGUGUCUGAAUUGUGCCGUUUGGUCACCGGAUGACCUCAUCCUGAAGUGCGUCACUGGGGAGACGGCACGGUCUUUCAUUCAGGAAUAAAGUGCUAUCUCUAGUACAAACGUGGAUCACAGUGUUGGGGAUUUUUCCUGUGUUUGAGAUAAGCAGACAUGCUUCUGUUGAGCCUAAUCGAAAAGUCAGUGAACAAUAUAGGGAAUAUAUUAAAAGGGCAUUGGCAAUAAGCUAUAUGUUGCAGCUAUAUGUAAAUAUAUACUAUAUAUUUUGUUUUAUAUUUCAGAUCUGUACAGCCUCAGAAUGGCACCUUGGACAUAAGACAUUAUAUAUGUAAAUAGUUGUAAAUUCGCUGUUCUACAUUUAAAACGGCAUUGUUGACCAUUUUGUGCAUAGCUGUAAUAUAUCCUUACGUGUUUCGAUUUAAAAAAAAUAUGAAAUAUGAAAACAGCACUACUGCUAACUUACGUGUGUCUGACUGUUCGUCUUUACCAGGAUGUAAAGAGGUGAAUGACUGUGCAUGUGUGGUAUGUUUUCCAUUCUCUGUCUAGAUACAGCAAGGGAUCGAUCGCUCAAAAAAUGCGUUGCUGGACCAAACAUUAAAAGUGGUUAAAAAAGAAGCGACAAAGUGAUAGUAUAUCUAUAAAUUUAUGUCAUUGCUGAUACCUUUCUGAAAUGUUACAUAUAGCUAUGGUAAGGUCCAAUAUUAAAUGUGGAAAAAGCUGUCUUAUAAA